CUGUCCGGAUGCGCGAGUCGGACUGCGUUUCAUGGCUUCGUCGAGUAGAUUGGCCUGAGAACUUGGUCAUUCAAUGCUCCUUACGGCCCGAUCCGACAAUUCAGUUCCAGUAAAUUUAGGUUAUCAGACAACCUGGACCGCACGAAUCACCGAUAUUAAAAGUAGCAAAUGCCGAUGCUGGAAAUGCGUGGACCUGCGCUUAAUAACGUUAUCUUCCGGACCUAUAAAACACACACUCGGCGUGGAAAUGUCCUCCCUCGAGGCUCGGACCCUUGCUCCGCACCUUUCGUCCGCCGUCUAGUGUUGCGUCACUGCAGGCCCUAUAGUCUCCAUGACGGUAGAUGAGAAACUGAAAGAUGUGGAGAAAAUAGCAGUCGGCGACUCAGCGGCAAAUAAGUCGCGUGCCGAGGACUUUCGACUACAACAACAGCUCGACAUUGGAACAGUCGAAAACGCUGUCUUCAGACAAAAGUGGUGGCAACUAUGGCGCCCUCGAGAUCCACCUCCGCCCCCUCGAAAGAAUUUAGAAGACGCUCCGAUAAUACCAAUCGCCCAUGCAUCUAUUCUCUCCAAGCUCACAUACUCCUGGAUCACGGAACUUAUGGUACUCGGUUACCAAAGGUCGCUACAGGUUCCAGACCUUUGGAAAAUGGAUCCCUCUCGUGAAUCGGGAGUACUUUCGUCCAAGCUGGAUGAGGCCUGGGCCCGGCGUGUGGAGGCUGCUGACGACUGGAAUUGGCGCCUUGCAAAUGGUGAGGCCCAGGCAAACGUAGUGAAACGCGUCGGUUGGAGCAUUCGAGCAUGUUUCCCAAGUUCCAGCGUACCUGGCGAGUCAUACGCUGAGAGACGUGAUGGCCUGGAACGUGAGUGGCGUGACAAAUCUGGUAUUGCUGAACCUAGCUUAGCGUGGGCCCUUAACGAUACGUUCGGGUGGCAUUUCUGGGCUGGUGGCCUCUUCAAGGUCGUGGGCGAUACCUCACAGCUUAUGAGUCCUCUCCUCGUAAAGACAAUCAUCAAUUUCACUAAGGAGGGAAAACAUACCGGCGCACAAAUCGGACGUGGAGUGGCAAUGGCAAUCGGCCUGUUUUUGCUCACCAUAUCUUCUAGCAUUUGUCAACACCAAUUCUUCUGGCGCUCAAUGUCAACCGGUGUUCUCGCAAGGGCGGCCUUGAUUAGUUCAAUUUAUAGGCGCGGUGUCGCACUCACUCCGAAAGCUCGAACCAAGCUGAACAACGCAGCGCUGGUGAAUCAUAUUUCCACGGAUGUCAGCCGUAUUGAUGCUUGUUCCCAGUGGUUUCAUGCUGCAUGGACUGCACCAAUACAGGUCAUCGUUUGUCUCAUAAUUCUACUCGUGCAGCUCGGCCCCUCCGCUCUUGCCGGAUUUUCGCUCUUUGUGGUCAUGGUUCCUAUACAGGAGCGUCUUAUGACGUUCCAGCAUACGCGUAGAGAGAAGGCGAAUAAAUGGACGGAUGGACGUGCAAACCUCAUCCUGGAAGUCCUUGGUGGGAUGCGUAUCGUAAAAUACUUCUCAUACGAGACACCGUUCUUAAAGAGGAUCUUUGAUAUACGUACCAAGGAACUGGAUAAAAUUCGAAUGAUCCACGUCUCUCGGGCUGCAAAUAUCGCUUUGGCGUUCUCUCUCCCGGUUCUCGCAGCGACACUUGCAUUCGUCACGUACACAAAGACUACUUCAUCCUUCGAUGUCGCCAUUAUCUUCUCAUCCCUUUCUUUGUUCCAACUCCUUCGACAACCCCUCAUGUUCCUCCCUCGCGCGUUAUCUGCAAUUGCUGAUGCGCGGAGUGCUCUGACGCGUCUGGAGAAGGUCUUUCACGCAGAGCUCCGCGAUACCAUUGCUCUCGAUAUUGAUCUAUCCCUAGAUGUUGCGCUGAGAGUGGAUAAUGCAACCUUCGAGUGGGAGGAGAGUGCACCACAAGAGUCAAUUGGCACAUCUGGAACCGGGAAGGACAAACACAAAGAUAAACGAGAGAAAGAAUUGAAAGACAAGCUUAAUGCAAUCGAAGAUGAAAAGAAGACGGACGCGGUGCCGUUCAGAGUGCGCGACGUGAACCUAGUCGUACCGAGGGGCCAGCUUGUCGCCAUCGUUGGGCCCGUUGGGAGCGGAAAGUCCAGCCUUCUCCAAGGUCUCAUCGGAGAGAUGAGAAAAGUUGAAGGUAGCGUCAAGUUUGGCGGACAAGUUGGAUAUUGUUCGCAAACGGCUUGGAUUCAGAACGCGACUCUGCGUGAAAACAUACUUUUCGGCCAGGACUUCGAUCCUGACAAAUAUUGGGACGUUAUUGAGCGUUCAUCACUUCUACCAGACCUGGAAGUGCUUCCUGAUGGCGAUCUGACAGAGAUCGGAGAGAAAGGUAUCAAUCUGAGUGGUGGACAAAAGCAACGCGUUAACAUUGCCCGAGCUCUGUAUUACGAUGCGGAUGUUGUCAUCCUGGAUGAUCCGCUUUCCGCCGUUGAUGCACAUGUCGGAAAAGCGCUUUUCACAGAUGCCAUUCUCGGGGCGUUACGAUCGCGCGGUAAAACAGUUAUUCUUGUCACCCAUGCACUUCACUUCCUCUCGCAGUGUGACUACAUUUACACGAUGUCAGCUGGAAAAAUUGGCGAGCACGGCACAUACGGAGAUUUGCUAUCCAGAGGAGGCGAGUUCGCACGUCUGGCCCGAGAGUACGGUGGCGAGCAGGAACGCGAAGAAGACGAGGCGACGGAUGAGGAUGCACCUACCAAAAGCACUAAGACAAUAGGCAUGGAACCUGUGAAUAAAGAGAAGCUGAAGGCAAAACUAGAUCUUAGCAAAGUGGCGGGGAAAGGCACUCUCGAGGGCCGGCUUAUGGUGAAGGAGAAGCGUACGACUGGUGCUGUUCCUUGGCACGUGUACAUGACAUACAUCAAAGCUGGGAAAGGAUACAUCACCCUUCCUUUGAUACUAUUAUGUAUAGUCCUCAUGCAGACUAGUUCGGUACUGAAUUCCUACGCCCUGGUGUGGUGGGAGAAUAAUGCAUUCAACCGGCCAUUUUCGUUUUAUCAACUUCUAUAUGCGAUGUUGGGCAUUGCACAAUCGCUGUUUACGUUCUUCCUGGGAUCAUCGAUGGAUGUUCUUUCCGAUUUCGCAUCAAGAAAUUUGCACCACGAUUCACUGCGCAAUGUCUUCUACGCGCCCAUGUCAUUUUUUGAUACCACGCCACUCGGACGCAUUUUGAGCGUCUUCGGGAAGGAUAUCGAUACCAUUGAUAAUCAACUAGCUCUGUCGAUGAAGAUGUUCACCCUCGUUAUAGGAAUGAUGUUUGGUGCUAUCAUCAUCAUCACGAUAUUGGAACAUUACUUCAUCAUCGUUGUUUUCUUCAUAGGUUUCGGGUAUAGCUACUUCGCCUCAUUUUACCGUGCAAGCGCGAGAGAAAUGAAGCGUUUAGAUGCUCUCUUGAGAUCACUUCUAUACUCACAUUUCUCGGAAUCCUUGACUGGAUUACCGACUAUCAGGAGUUACGGAGAAACAGAGCGUUUCCUGAAGGACAAUCGAUACUACGUCGACCUUGAGGAUAGAGCGUUGUUCCUUACUAUCACGAAUCAACGGUGGAUGGCCAUCCGACUUGAUUUCAUGGGUGGAUUCAUGGUCUUCAUUGUUGCCAUCUUCGCAGUCGUCAGUGUGUCAGGAAUAAGCCCUGCUCAAGUUGGCUUAGUCCUAACUUACAUUACCCAGUUAAGUCAGAUGUGUAGUGCGGUCACUCGACAAUAUGCCGAAGUCGAGAACUACAUGAACUCUGUUGAACGAGUCGUUCACUACAGUCGAGGGGACCUGAUUGUACAAGAGCCGCCACACGAGAUCGAGGAUCAGAAGCCUGAUCCUUCUUGGCCGCAGCGUGGUGAAAUAACGUUCAAUAAAGUCACAAUGAGCUACAGACCAGGACUUCCCAACGUUUUGAAGGGGAUCUCUCUCCAUGUCAAAGGUGGAGAAAAAAUCGGCAUUGUAGGACGGACCGGAGCCGGAAAAAGUUCACUUAUGUUAUCCCUUUUCCGGAUCGUCGAGCUGAAUUCUGGCAAGGUUACGAUUGACGGCAUCGAUAUCUCACAGAUAGGCCUGAAAGAUCUUCGGACAAAGAUUUCCAUUAUUCCUCAGGACCCACUCUUGUUUUCCGGAACAAUCCGUUCUAACCUUGAUCCCUUCGGUCUCUACGACGACGCACGCCUAUGGGAUGCGCUGCGACGAGCGUACCUGAUAGGCAACGUCGAGGAACCAGGUACAGCGAAGGUUUCGCAGGAGAUUAGGAAAGGUGACUAUGACGGACGAGGCUCAACCAGUAUUGUGGAGGAAGAAGCAGGCCCCCCUGUGUCAACGCUUGUCUCGGGUACAGCAACACCAGUGAACCGGUACACGCUCGACACGCUCAUCGAGAGCGAGGGGUCCAAUUUAAGUGUGGGCGAAAGGUCGUUGCUCAGUCUCGCGAGGGCCCUGGUGAAGGACUCUAAGGUGGUCGUACUAGACGAAGCUACCGCAUCUGUUGACUUAGAGACGGACAGUAAGAUUCAAUAUACGAUCCAGACGGAGUUUCGCGACAGGACGCUGCUGUGCAUUGCUCAUCGGCUUCGUACUAUCCUUUCUUACGACCGCAUAUUGGUUCUGGAUGCAGGCGAAGUCGCUGAAUUCGAUACUCCUGCGAACCUCUACAGGAUGGAAAAUGGCAUCUUCCGUGGAAUGUGUCAACGAAGCAACAUUACGCUUGAGGAGAUAGAAAAGAGUACCCUACGCUUUUGACGACCGUUCGAGAUGCUUUGAUAGACUGGUAUAGAUUUUGUAUUCGGUUCUAUGUUUCGCUUCGUUUCCAUUGAAUUGCGCGCUGCUUUCGAGAUUCUUUACAUUCCCAAAAUAGACCCAG